AUGGAUACUACAAAACUAAAAGGUCAAAUCCAAAAAUACCUUGUAGAAUCAGGAAAUUAUGAAUUAAUUUCAAAUGAAUUAAAUGCCAGACUGCUUCAAGAAGGUUGGGUGGAUAAAGUCAAAGAUUUAACCAAGUCAGAAAUGAACAUUAAUGAAUCUACAAACUUCACACAAAUCUUAUCCACUGUAGAACCGAAAGCAUUAGAGAUGGUAUCGGAUUCAACAAAAGAAACUGUUCUGAGCCAAAUAAGGCAAUUUCUUGAAGAGAUUGUAGAUACAAAAUGA